GGACCCUAGGGUCUGCAUGUCGCCAUUUUCUACCCGCCAGGCGUUCACCUAAACCUAACCUAAAUCCUAAGUCCUCCACGUGCAAAACCACAGUCGUAUUGUGUUAGAAGUGUUGAGUAUUUUUUUCAUUGAAAAAUGGCAAACAAGUCACUGAAACGGCAAAGAGAAAUCGAAAAUGUGAAGCAAGGAAUACCUAAGGAUGAGGGAGAAGUCCUUCCUGCUAAGAGGUCGUCAGAUGAGCCACCAGUUAAAAGGGAAAAAUGGACGAACCUACAAAGGGUUUUGGUGUUAGCGUCCAGAGGAAUCAAUCAUCGAGACCGUCACUUGAUGGAGGAUUUGAAGUCACUCAUGCCUCAUCAUCGAACAGAAGCUAAAAUGGAAAGGCAGAAGAACCUCCAGGUGGUGAACGAGAUUUGCGAAGCCAAAAAUUGUAACAAGGCGGUUUUAUUCGAAGGGAGGAGGAAACGAGAUCUCUACAUGUGGUUUUCAAAUGCCAAAAGUGGUCCUUCUGCGAAAUUUUUGGUUGAGAAUAUUUACACAAUGGGAGAAAUGCAAUUGACAGGCAAUUGCCUCAAGGGAUCACGUCCAAUGCUCUCCUUCGAUGACAACUUCUCUACACAUCCUCACUACGCCCUCCUGCGAGAGUUGUUCACCCAGAUAUUUGGUGUGCCCAACCACCACCCGAAAAGCAAACCCUUCUUCGAUCACCUCUACACAUUCAGCGUCCUGGACAACAGGAUAUGGUUCCGAAACUACCAGAUCCUGACUGAAGAUGGAGGAUUGGCAGAGAUCGGUCCCAGAUUUGUCUUGAAUCCCGUGAAAAUAUUCGCCGGGAGUUUUGGAGGAGAAACCCUUUGGGACAACUCCUUCUACAUCUCUCCAGCCAAGUUUCGUCAGGCCGGAAAUAAGAAAGCUGGAGCAAAGUACAUCAAUAGAAUCGAGCAGAACAUGGCACAGAAGGCGAACAAGCCUGAGGUCUCCUACUCGUUGAAUCCAUUGGAUGAUAUCUUCAAAGGAUAACCAGUGAUGAAGGCCAGCCCCCUGACACUCAGCCAAACUACUGUUCGCGGUAAUGAAGCCGCCGAGGUGGCGCUACGCGACUUGACGGUAGGCCGCGCCAUUACAGCAUCGUUCAAACAGCGAUGUUGUUUCUCGGAGUCAUUCACGAUAAUUAUGGACAAGCCAAUAAUGGCAAGAUAUUGUCUUGUGUAUUAUAAUUUAUUAAUAAAUACAUCGUUGAAUUAUCAUGUUUUUGAU